AUGGGUGAUACCGAAACUGAGUUGCUAAGCGAAAGGCAGACGGAUCCAGGGCUGAGAAACAAGUCAUGGGGGAGGGGAAAUAAACUAUUUGGUAUAUUGGCCAAAUAUGCUAGAUUUAUCGGACCAGGGUUGAUGGUCUCUGUUUCUUAUAUGGAUCCUGGUAACUACAGUACCGCAGUAGCUGCAGGAAGUGCUCAUAAAUACAAAUUAUUGUUUUCAGUUCUGGUGGCUAAUUUUAUGGCAGCUUUUUGGCAGUGUUUAUGUGCCAGAUUGGGGGCUGUUACUGGGUUAGAUCUUGCACAGAACUGUAAACGCCAUCUAACACCUCAAUUGAAUGUUGCAUUAUACAUUUUAGCAGAAAUUGCCAUCAUUGCUACAGAUUUAGCAGAAGUUGUAGGGACAGCCAUUUCUUUGAACAUUCUGCUAGAUAUACCAUUGGCGCUCGGCGUGGUACUUACUGUGGUUGACGUUCUUAUUGUUUUAAUGGCUUAUAAACCCAAUGGAUCAUUAAAAUGGAUUAGAUAUUUCGAAUUGUUUGUAUCUUUCCUCGUGUUUGCUACCGUGAUAUGUUUUGGAUUAGAGUUGAUGUAUGCGGAUUUGGGACCUUCAAAAGAUAUUUGGAAAGGAUUUCUGCCGAGCAAAGCCGUUUUUGAAGGUGAUGGGUUGUACCUAUCCCUGGCUAUUCUCGGUGCCACCGUCAUGCCCCAUUCUUUAUAUUUGGGAUCUGGUGUAGUUCAACCAAGACUUAGAGAUUAUGAUAUUACACAUGGCAAUUACAUUCCAGAUAUGAAUGAUGCGGAAAAUAAUCAUGAAAAAUACAGGCCUUCCAUCGAUGCUGUUAAUGAUGCAUUACAAUUUACAAUGGCUGAAUUGUUAGUUUCGUUGUUUACGGUGGCUCUUUUCGUCAAUUGCGCAAUUCUAAUCGUUUCAGGGGCUACACUGUAUGGUAAGACUGAACCUGGAGAAGAAGCAGAUCUGUUUUCCAUUUACAAGCUGCUAUCCACAUCCUUAUCCAAGUCAGCGGGUACAGUUUUUGUGUUGGCGCUAUUGUUUUCGGGCCAAAGUGCCGGUAUCGUCUGUACCUUGAGCGGUCAAAUGGUCAGUGAAGGCUUUUUAAAUUGGACUAUAUCACCUGCUUUACGUAGAAGUGCUACUAGAGCGGUUGCAAUCACUCCUUGUUUAAUUCUAGUCCUAGUCGCUGGUCGUAAUGGAUUGAGUGGAGCUCUUAACGCUUCACAAGUGGUUUUAUCUUUAUUGUUGCCUUUCGUCUCGGCACCAUUAUUAUAUUUUACAAGCAGUUCCAAAAUUAUGCGUGUUAAGUUGCCCAGUCGUUCAGUGGAAAUAGAUGGUGAUAUUCAGCUAAGAGAUUUAAGUCAAGAAGAAUCGGAGGAGGAACCUCAGUACAAGGAUAUGAGCAAUAGCAAGUUCUUCACAAUAAUAGCAGUCAUGAUUUGGCUUAUCGUUUCGGGUCUAAAUUUCUAUAUGUUGGUCAGUUUCGCCCAAGGUCAAGAUGUACAUCUAUAA